AGCCUCUUCAAACUCCGCUUGUUACUUCACAGGAAGUGCCGCUAGAAGCUUAUUCUUCGUGGAGUGAUUUGAAGGAAGCUGUUUUAGACGAAGAUGAAAUACCUGUAAAUAAAAACAUGAAAAAUAUAGAAAGCAUAGCAAACGCAUAUGUUCCAAAUAAAAAACGUAAACGAUCCGUUAAUUCUGAGGAACGACCAAUAUUGACCAAAGUUUCUACGUCAGCAUCGGAUACGAGAUCAUCGCCCGUAAAAAAACAAAAAAUUAAGAAGGAAAAAGAAAAGAAGUCCAAAUUAACCAAACGAAACAAAGACAAUAAACCAGAAAAUAGCAAGAAAGAUGGAAGCAUUGUUGAAGUCGAUGAAAAAGACGAUGGGAUUGUUGAUUCAGACGAAGAAGUUGAUGCUGUCAUGGAAGCUAUCAUGUGUAGCAAACCACAGCCGCUUGUUACUCGGCCGGAAUCUUACGUUCCACCUACAAGUAAUUAUUUCAUAUAUAAUGAUUUAUUACCUGAAGGUGUUGCUUAA